AUGGCACUGCGGUCUGCGAUGGUGGCGCGGCACACCGGCGGCUGCGGCGGCAGCACUGCUCUUGCUUUGCGAUGCGACCGGCGGAACGUUGCACAGCUGUUUUCGAAUCUUGCCACGCACUCGCUGCAGGUGCAAAGUUGCGUGUCCCUUAGCACCCUCUUAUAUUCCCCGCUGGGUACGGCGCUGCUGGUUGCCUUGGCGUACAAUGUGGUGGUUAUCGGCACGAAACACGUCACCUACACUAUGGAAAUCACGGGGAAGGACUACGUGCAAGAUCAACAACUGCAUAUGAUCAUGAAGUACGGCAUCCUUAGCUGUAUCCUUCUUGCGAUGGAGGUCAUGUUUGUGGAAGUUUGA